AUGGGCAACGCAUCCUCAAUGCCACCCCCUAUCAUCGCCGUCCCCGGCCCCUACGCCAACUACCCGAUUGCCGACUACCAUGAAGGCGACGAGAUCUGCCCUCCCUUCUACUACAGACCGCAGCCCGGUGGUCAACGUUUCCAGCCAGCACCACCCCAACCACCCUACGACCCAUCAUUCUACGGGCAAGCUAAUCACCACCUGCCAUACAACCCUCAACAUCCACCUCCUCGAGCCCAUCUAUACCCUCGCGCACGCAGAGAUGCAGGCUUCGUCGAAGAACUCCCCGAUAGCGACGCCGAUGACCAUCCUCGUCAACCACCUCCUCGCGCACCUCGCUUUACAAAGGCUGAAAUGGACACAUAUCCGCACGCACAAGCUGCUGCUGCGACUUCCACCAAUAGAAACACAGCCGGAGAUCCCUUCGUCGACGCAUGCAUCUGCCCAGGAACAUGCAAGUGCCGGGGCAACGGGAAGAAGAUCUCCUACCGAGGCCGGGACUCCAGAACCGGCGAAGCACUCUCCGGCACGAUCCGUGUCGGGGACUUUGACGGCACGCAGGCAGCGCGCAAAGCGGCGCGGCGGAAGAAAAAGGCGAAGCAGAGCGAGCGAGAACGGGCGGAGAGGAUGGAGGAGGGGAUUGGGGGCAUUCGGGAGGCGGUGGAGAAGGGGAAUCGAGGUGUGGAGACGGCGAUGGAGAAUCUGCCUCGGAGGUUGAGGGAGGCGUUUGAGCAUGCUGUGCAAGGGGGUGGUGGAGAUGGUGGGGAUGAAGGUGAGAUGGUUGAGGGGCGUGGGAGGAACGGGGUGCCGUCGCCACAUUGGGGACUGCGUGGUAGAGGUGGAUAUGCCGGUGCUGAGUGCCAUGAUGGUGACGCAUUCGGCGAAAGGGACCAGCAUGAUAUGUAUAGGCCGCCACCGAUGCGGUCUGGCAUGGGCGCUCUGCGCGACCCUAGAUAUCAAAAACGACCACCGGGACGCCGCCAAGCUCGAAAUGCGUUCGACGACCAUCAGUUCGAAUCUGACGAUGACGACAGCUACGAUGAAGAGCCAUUUGUCGAUCACCACAAAGGCCGAGACGGUGCCUUUGGCCACGAAGACCACAGAGCCAGAGGCAGAGCAGCCCACAGAGGCUUUGGCAGAGGCACUCGUGGUCUAGACGGGAUGCGAAGAAUGCAAAGCCGCAUGGGUGGUCCACACGGAGGCAGGAGAGACCACAUACAUGUCCACGACCACGUCAACGCCGAGCACGGCGACAAGGACAUGUUUGGCGGGCGUCUGCGCGGAGGACGAAUGGAUGAUGACUGGAGCACGGAGUCUAGCGAUCAUUUCGUCGGCAAAGGAGGAGGAGGAAGAUGCCGACGAGGGAGAAACAUGCGUAAACAUGGAGGAGACGAGGAUGACUGGGAUGAUGACGGUGAUGAUGCCGCGAAACCGCCAAAACACACCAAUCCACCACCAGACCCAAAGACAACAGACCCACAGCCAACUCCGCAAGCCGCACCACCACCACCACCACCAGAAGACCCAUCACCAAAAUCUCCACCCGCAGUCAAUCCCCCCACCCCAAACACCACACCCCCUCAGCACGCCCAGCAAACAAACCCAUACCCCAUCCCCUCCUACCCACACCCAACACACCCCUUCCCACCAAACCCCUACAACCCCAACCCAAGACCAGGAUCCUAUCCCCAGCCACCACCCUACCAAACCUACCCAACCGCACCCGCAAACCCCAACUAUACCAUACCCGCCCAACCCACAAACCUCCAACGCCCACCAUACCCCCAGCAAACGCACUUCUUCGACCAACAACAAGGUGUGGCGCCCGGCACCACGCUCCGCGGCACAGCAAACCAAUACCCGUAUCCAUAUCCAUAUCCAUACCAAACCCAAUAUCAAAACCAACACCAACAUCAGUAUCCGAACCUGUAUCCGAAUCCGAACCAGCAUCCGAACCAGCACCCGAAUCCAUACCCGAAUCCGAAUCCAAAUCUAAAUCCAUACCAAGCGCAAGCAACACGUCGAGAAGCCCGUAUGGACGAGGAUGCAGACGCAGAUCCAGAUGCAGAUGCGAAAAUGGGACGUGAAGGGGGUGAAAAUCAGCAGGAUGAGUGGGAUGAAGGGCGGAGCGGGGAAGGUGGUGAUGGCGAUGAGGGGAAAGGUGAGAGUCCAGAUGGGCGGGAAGGGGGAGAGAGAAGAGGAGUUGGGCGGAAUGAGAGAAGAGCUGAUAGUGGCAGGGAGCAGGAUGAGAGGAGAGGGUUCAUGUGGGGCGGAAGAGAAGGUGAGAGAGCGAGGAAAGGGAAGGGAGGGGGUGUGAAGGAUGUCUAG